CUCUCUGUCUUCACUGAUAAAGACCUGCUCCAGACCUGCUCCAGACCCUUGUCCGGACUAUGGCGUCCCGGGACGAGCUGCUCAAGCCAAUCUGGCACGCCUUCACCGCGCUGGAUGUGGACCGGAGCGGGAAGGUCUCCAAGUCCCAGCUAAAGGUGUUGUCCCAUAACCUGUGCACGGUGCUGAAGGUUCCUCAUGAUCCUGUGGCUUUAGAAGAACAUUUCAAAGACGACGAUGAAGGUCCAGUGUCCAACCAGGGAUACAUGCCCUACCUCUCCAAGUACAUCCUGGACAAGGUUAAAGGGGACUUUGAUAAACUGGACUUUUACCACAUGUGUUGGACUCUGUGCUGUAAGAAGAACCUGGAGAAGAUCAAACUGCAGAUCUCUGAGGACGACGCCUACAGACUCUGGUGUGUCUUCAACUUCCUCAGUGAAGAUCGGUAUCCCCUCGUCAUCGUCAGUGAAGAGAUUGAGUACCUGCUGCGUAAGCUGUGUGAGGCCAUGGGCGGGUCCUGGGUGGAGCAGGGCCUGGACCAGACCUGGACCAGACCUGGGGCCGAGCUCAGCGUCUGGGACCUACUGGGACUCAUGGGGGCCGGUCUCUUCAAGAACAUCCACAGACACACACUGUCUAUGGGCAUCAAUGAGGUGUACCAGGAACUUAUCCUGGAUGUGCUCAAACAGGGCUUCCUGAUGAAGAAAGGGCACAAAAGAAAGAACUGGACGGAGCGCUGGUUUGUGCUCAGACCAGACUGUGUGUCCUAUUACACUGGCGAGGACCAGAGCGACAAGAAGGGAGACAUCAUACUGGACACCAACUGUUUUGUCGAGUCUCUGCCCGACAAAGAUGGGAAGAAGUGUCUGUUCCUGGUGAAGUCGUCUCAGAAAAGUUUUGAGAUCAGCGCCUCAGACAAGAAGAAGAAACAGGAGUGGAUCCAAGCAAUCCAGAUGGUAGUGUCGUUGCUCCGUCAGCACAGGCCGGCUCCUCACCGCGAGGCGAGGAUGAGGAGGAGGGAGCAGAGGAUGAAGCUGCAGCUGGAGCAGAUGGAGCUGGAGCAGAGGAUGAGUGAGCUGCAGACGGCAAAUGAGGCUAAACAAAGAGAGCUGGAGAACAUGAGGAAGGCGCUGGAGGAGGCAGCAGCCAAUGCUGCAGAAGAAGAACGAAGACGAGCCCAAACUCAGAACGAACUACAAGAGAGAUACAACAGAGACCUCGAGAGGGAGAAGACGGUUCGAGAGCAGAUGGAGGAGCAGAUGGCCCAGAAGUCCUCAGAGCUGGAGACGUAUCUUCUGAGAGUAAAGGAGCUGGAGGACAUGUACCAGCAGCUAGAGGGUGCUCUGGAGGAGGAGCGCAGAACCAGACAGGAAGAGGAGGAGGUCAGGAAGCUACAGGCCAGACUGUUGGAGGAGGAGUCUUUGAAGAGGGCAGAGCUGGAGCAGAUCCACCUGAAGCAGCAGAUGGCGCUGUCUGAGACGGAGGCAGAGAACCAGGAGCUGCAAAAGGAGAGAGAGGCCAAAGAGAGCGCACUCCAAGACGCCAUGAGACAGCUGGAGGAGCUAGAGAGCGAGAGGCAGGGGGCACUGGAGCAGUACCAGACUGUGAUGAAGAAACUGGAGAACGCCACAAACAACACCAGGACCUGGAAGCACAAAGUGGCCGAACACGAGGGGCUGUUACGACUCAUACAGCCAGGCUCUAAGGGUCCUCUGCUGGUGACCAACUGGGGUCCUGCUGCGAUUUCUGAAGCUGAGCUCACCCACAGAGAAAAGCAAUGGCAGGAAAAGAAGAACCAGGGACUAAACCAGGACUGAACCAGGACUGAACCAGGACUGAACCAGGACUAAACUAGGACUGAACCAAGACUAAACCAGGGACUAAACCAGGACUAAACCAGGACUGAACCAGGACUAAACCCGGACUGAACCAGGACUAGACCAGUACUAGACCAGAACUAAACCGGGACUAGACCAGGACUGAACCAGGACUACACCAGGAUGACAGAUCAGUGCACUAAACUGUCUAACUAAGAGAACACUGUUUUUAAAGUGGAAUGUUUCGGGACAUGUUUAUGUUUUGUUUUAAAUGUGAUAAAAAUAGAAUUCAUACUGAUUACUCCGCAGCUGAUGUCACCCACAUUCUCUGGGGAUGUAUUGCUAACUGGAAGCACUGCUCUGUCUGAAGCUCUUUUGAUCUGAUCUGAGCUUUAUUUUAACAUAAUGUAAAGAGCUGCUUAAGCUGAACUACAACAGGUGAGCUGAUUUGUGCUGUUAAACAAGUCCCUCUCAAAUAACAUUACAGUUACGAGCUAGCUAGUAUUAGCCAACAGUUUUUCAGUUAGUCACUCUCAUCUUUUUGUGAAACUCAAACUCCUAAACUGGACCAUGAGCGCUCGUGUUUGCUAAUGUGUGCAUUGUGUUGCCAUGGAAACUGCUGAACAUUCCGCCAUUGACAUAAAUGUAGAACCGCGCCAGUGUAUGAAUACUAUUUUACAGUUAAAUUCAUGUUUUGUUCUUUUUGUGAAACUGGAGCCUUUCAGUGAAGGUUAUUUAAGGGAAUGUAUUUUAUUUAACUAAAUAAAAUACAUAUUUUUAACUAAAUUUAAUCAGCUGUUUUAGUGCCAGAACAAACAACUUUGUAAAUAUUUUUGACAUUCUAAUUGUCUUAAAUUCAAACUACAUUUGAAGUGCCGUGCCUUUUGCUGUCCAGUUUUUGAGCAUUUUAAUAUGUGAACAAAAAUCACAAAUGUACAAAAAUGUAAUAUUUUUGUGUUUUUUAGUAAAUAAACUUUUUCAUCCAAA